UCGACAUCUCAUCAUUUCAGUCCAAUGUCAGGGUAGACUUCAAAUUAAUAAUUACAAUAUGAAGUUGGCAUUUGUGUUAUUCUUUCUAAUUGUCGCUGCGGCGCUACAAUCAUCAACCGCCAACCACUGUUGCAAGAAGAAGUGUAUUCCACUGAAAUUAUCAGUAUCAUGUGAUAAAUCUAAAACAUGCCACGGACACCACAAACAUCAUCAUUGUAAACAUCAUCAUCAUCAUCAUCGUUGUCAUCAUCGUUGUCAUCAUCGUGGUCAUCAUGGAUGUAUGAAACCUGUCUUCCCGUGGGGUCCUCCAUCACCACCACCAUUCAUCGCACCUCAACAUCAGCCUCCACCUAUGUGCUUCCAACUUCCAGCACCACAACCAAUUAUUUUACCUCCACCACCACCUCCUCCACCACCUCCUCCACCACCUCCACCACCACCACCUCCACCACCACCUCCUCCACUACCAGUAUAUCAACCACCACCACCAUUAUGCCCAUCACCGUCACCAGUAUAUCAACUACCAAUGCCAAUGCCACCAAUGUCAAUGCCAAUGCCACCAAUAUCAAUGCCAAUGCCACCAAUGUCAAUGCCAAUAAUGCCGGCUCCAGGUCCUGAACAAAUGGUACCAUGCAUGGGCUUAUCUUAUGGAUUGAUAGGACAUGGACAUGGACAUGGACAUCAUCAUCAAAAAUGUUGUUGCAAAUCUCACAAGAAACAUUGCAAAUCGAAGUGCUGUCAUAAAAAGAAAUGCAACAGUCAUGGAUGUUCGAAUUUGAAAAUAUGCGUGAAGAAACAUAAACGUUCGUCUGAUGCCGAUUUUUAUGAACCUGAUAUGUACAAUCCUUACUCAACGCAAGACAGCGAUCCAAGUUAUGACGAAGAAUCAGAAACUUUUGAAAUGCCACAAUAUUUCCAAGACGAAGUUUGCUCAUACUGAUUUGACAAUGCCGAAUUAUUGACGAUAUUCUAUUGACUUAUGAAAAUAUGUACAUAUAUCCUGACAUUUAGUAUUAUAUACACGAUAUAAUACUAAUUAUGUGUAACAUUAUAAAAAAGCAACAAAUAAAAAAUUUAUAAUUGAAA